UUUUAUGCCUAAGUCUCCUUGCCUAUAAAGUGGGGCCCAUGCCAAACCUUCUCUACUAAGCUUCCACGACAUGCCAGGCUCUCCGCCAGGGCUUUUCCAGAUUUUAUCUCAUCCAUUUUCUAAGAGGGAAGGAACACCACCCCCAUGUUCCAGAUGAAGAAACUGAGGCUCAGAGAGGCUGGGCCCCUGGCCUGGGUUGUCCAUGUGUCUGCCAGACCCUGUAGCCUGCGCUCAGCCCAGUGCUGUACCCAGCAGUCCAGGGGUCUGAAGGUCACUUCCAGCCCUCAGAAGGAUGCUGGGCUGUCCCAGUGGUUCCUGAGGUAAAGGAUCUCCUCCCAUAUCGUGGCAUAUUUAUUGAGUGCCUACUCUGCAAACACUGGAUACAGCAGUGGACAAACGGACCCUGGGAUGUGCAUAUUGCGUGUGUGUGCGCACGCAUGCGCAUGCUCUUCACACACACACACACACACACACACACCUCUAACCCUCCCAGUCCUGGGGAGCAGGAUCACUCUACCCCACCUCCCUGCCAUUUUAUUGGUUGGGAAACCACAGCUCCAAAAAGAGAAGCAACUUGCCCACAAUAGUGCAGCUGGGCUCUGAGCUCCUGGCCCUGGGCUCCCCUGCGGCCAGCUUCAACUGGGCAUGAUGAGAGGAGAGAGACCCGGCCCACCAGGCAGGCUAGGGGACCGGAGAUGCAGCAGGCAGAAUCGAUCCAGGCUGCCAGAAUGUUAUCGGAUUGUUCCUGGCUUCUGGGCCCUCCUUCACCCUCAGCUCCUCCCAGAAUCCUCUCUUCUUUGCCCUCCCCUUCCUGUAGCCCCUCUGAGUACAGCCUGGGAGGCAGGGGAAAGGAGGAAAGGGUGAUUUGCUCAUUCUUCUCUGGCUUCUGAGUGGGUUGGACACAAAGGAACAGACAGCAGGGGGGGCUUCCUGACCUGAAAGAUGGGGCCCACAUCCCCAGGGUGGAGGGGUGCGGAGGUGACUCGAAGACCCUCACAUUGCUGCCCCCGCCUGAAGCUUCCUGCUGUUCCCCACCAGCGGAAACUCCAGGCCGCUGGGAAUGAACUUCUCCCCUCUGCAGGAGCCAGGCCACUCCUCUCCUCACGGGUGGACUGGCCCUCUUGUCUCCUCAGUGUACCUCUGGGAACAGCCGGAGGAGGGGCGCCUAGAGACACCGCUCAGCUUAGAGGAUCAAAUACUCAACUCUAUGUUCGAAGCUUGUGACCCCCAGAGGACAGGCUCUGUGGCUGUGACCCGCGUACUAGCCUACCUGGAGGCUGUGACAGGACAGGGCCCCCAGGAUGCACGCCUCCAAACACUGGCCUGCAGCCUAGACCCCAGUGGGGAGGGCCCUCAGGCCACCGUGGACUUGGACACCUUCCUGGUCGUCAUGCGAGACUGGAUCACUGCCUGUCAGCUGGAUGGAGGAUUAGAGCUGGAAGAGGAGACUACCUUCGAGGGAGCCCUGACCUCCCAGCAGCUGCCAUCUGGAGGCGCAGACACGGAGGAGCCAGCCAACCUGGAGAGCUUCGGAGGCGAAGACCCCAGACCUGAGCUGCUGGGCACAGCUGACUUGCUGAGCAGCCUGGAGGACCUGGAGCUCAGUAACCGCAGGCUGGCUGGGGAGAACGCCAAACUGCAGCGCAGCGUGGAGACCGCUGAGGAGGGGUCUGCGCGCCUAGGGGAGGAGAUUGUGGCCCUGCGCAAGCAGCUCCGCAGUACCCAGCAGGCCCUGCAGUUUGCCAAGGCUGUGGACGAGGAGCUGGAGGACCUGAAGAGUCUGGCCAAGAGCCUGGAGGAACAGAAUCGCAGUCUUCUGGCCCAGGCCCGGCAGACAGAAAAGGAACAGCAGCAUCUGGUGGCUGAAAUGGAGACCCUGCAGGAGGAGAAUGGAAAGCUACUGGCAGAGCGGGAUGGAGUGAAGAGGAGGACUGAGGAGCUGGUCAUGGAGAAGGAUGCUUUGAAGCGGCAGCUCUAUGAGUGUGAACGCCUCAUUUGCCAGCGAGACACGGACCUCUCCGAGCGCACGUGCCACGCAGAGAGUCUGGCCAAGACCUUGGAGGAGUACAGGACAACAACCCAGGAACUGAGGUUGGAAAUCUCACACCUGGAGGAGCAGCUGAGUCAGACCCACAAGGGGCCGGAUGAGCUACCCAAAGGAGCUCAGGGGAGAAGAGUGGACUGGACCAAGCUGCUGCCCCCAUCACUGGGCGUGGAGAUCCAGGCCAUUCAGCAGAAACAACUUUCCCAGAAACAAGAAGAGGCAGCCACCCAUCUCUCCAGCCCUCUGUGCGGGGUGUGGCAGUGGGAGGAGGGCACCAGUGAGAGCGACCAGGAAGCUGAGUUUCUGCCUGAAGCCCCAGCUGCGGGACAGAGGAACUUCCAGGGAGAGCCAGCGUACCCGCAUGAAGGAAGGAAGGAGCGGUCAAUGUGGUUGCCCAGAAGAGAGGAAGAGGAGGAAGCGGAGAUCCACGUCACGGCUGAUCUCUCCAUCCUUCUGGGAGACCCUCACCCUGAAGACAUUCCAAGCAGCCCUCCUGAGAGCAGCCCCUCCCAGCCAGACCUACAGCACGCGCUGGUGCCUGUGGAGAGGAAGCUGGUUCCGGUUAGGAGGCCAGUCUGGAGCCACUUCUGCCUGUGCCCCCUGCACCCCCAACCCCAGCAGCUCAGGGUCAGGCGGCAUCCACUGAUUCCCGCGCCUGUCCUGGGUCUCCUGCUGCUGCUGCUGCUCUCCGUCCUGCUGCUGGGCCAGCCCCCGCCCCCCACCUGGCCCCACCUCCAGCUCUGCUACCUCGGCCCUCCCCCAGUGUGAGCCAUGCUCCCCGCCCCUCAGAGUAACGUCUAGUUCAGUGAAUUCCUGGGACUCUUUUUACUGUUAUUCCUGUUGUUGUGCCACUGUUAUCAAGACCCCAGAUGCAGUUCAGUACUCCAGGAUCCACGCCCCGGAAUGGGGUCUUUAUGUGAAGUCUCUUGGCUUUGUGAUGGUUUUUACUACAUUUCUUGAUAACAGCAAAACGUGUCCAAUAAUGGAGUAAGUGCUAGGGGUUUAUUGUCCUCACAAAACAAGCCUGGAGAACAGCACGAGGCCCACGGCUCAGUCUCCACAGCCUCUGGCUAGGGCGCUGAGUCUGUGACCCUCCUGGCCCCUCUCGUGCUCAGGGGAUGGCGGACAUUGUGGCUUCAUACAUCGUCUCUGCGGACAGAAGGCGAUGUGGCCCUUCUUUUGUAUAAAGAAAAGCAGUAGCCUUCCCAGAGCCAGCAGCAGACCUGUGUUUAUAUCUUGUUGGCCAGACUGUUUGGCAUCAUCACCCCGCGCUGCAAGGAGACCAAGUGCCUCUCCUGGCAGAAAGAGGGAGGAGAUGUGGGCCAGGCACACACCACAGAUGUCCGUCCGCUACAUGCAAACAGCCAGGAAGGGGACCAGGUGCCAUUUUUUCACUCCACAAACACAUAGUGAUCUUCUAGUUGCCACAGCUAGACCUUAAAAGAUAAAGCUUAGAGAAACAGGCCCUCCAAUGUCAGGCUGUGGAGCGUUCAUUUUCCCCAAGGAUGAUGGGAGGUUUGAGAGGUUUUGUUGCUUGUUUUUGGUUAUUGAUGUCUUAAUUGAGGUGUAACUUACAUACAGAUAAAUGGACAAAUCUUAAGUAUCAGCUGGAUGAAUUUUUGCAUAUGUAAGCCUUCCAAACUAAAACCCGACCCAGGUCAAGAUAUAGACCAGUCUCAGCACCACAGAGGUUUCCAUGGGAGAGUUUUGAGCAAGGGUGGGACAGAAUCACACCCCAAAAAGGCACCUGACUCAGCUUGGAGGCUAGAGGUUUCUUCCCAGAUCCAUGACAUCUGUUCAGUCUUGAAAGGUGGGUGAAGUUGGCUACAAUAAGCAGGGCCUGAGGAGGAUGCUGCAGGCAGAGGAAGUAAAUAUGUGUGAAAACGGGGUGGGAAAGAUCCCCUCCCUGUGUGGAGAGCCAUUGGCAGCACCGUGCUGCUGGGAUUAAAACUAAAAGAGCCCGGCCAGCGUGGCUCAGUGGUUGAGCAUCAACCUAUGAACCAGGAGGUCACGGUUCAAUUCCCGG